AUGUCAAACAGCAAAAUCACAACCGGUGAAUGGACUGGCGAAUACAACCCUUUCACCGAUACUGAAGAGCGCCGAGUCCUGUUCGCUGCUCUUGAUUCCUUCAAGAUCUACCGAAAGACAGCCCACCGGAAUGUGACACAUCGCAGAAGACAGAAUUUGUACGCCUUACCUACAUCACAAUGGCAGAUUCUUGCGGAACCGCCCUUUUCAUUGCUUGAGAACUUGAGCAACGUAGAUGACGCCAUCGAUCUGAAUGCAGACAUCGCAGAUGCCAUCCUCGAGUGGGGCCUUCAGACAUUUGGGUUGCCACAAGAGCCAGGAUCUGAUCAUGCACAAAAAUGGCUAGGCUGUGCCCAAGCAGUGGACGUCGAUAAGGCCCAUUCGACGAUCCGCCAGUUCUACCGAGACUGGAGCGCAGAAAGUGCACGGGAACGGAAACCUUGUCAUGACUUUGUCUUGGAACAGCUCGAGGUUUUCUUUCAAAAUCGUGCAGCGUUAUGCAACGAGGCCUCGCGUCCCAAAAUCCUUGUGCCCGGAGCUGGGCUGGGGAGAUUAGUCUACGAGAUUUGUCGGGCUGGCUAUGACGUGGAAGGUAACGAGAUCUCUUACCAUCAAUUGCUGGCAAGUAACUGGAUUCUUAAUCAUGUUGGAUCAACGCAAUAUGCGCUUUACCCCUUUGCAACUCAAUUCACGAACCUGCUUUCCAGGAAGCAACAACUGCGAAAAGUGAUGAUACCUGACGUACAACCCGCUGAAGGCAUGAAACACGUGUUGGCGAACGGCAAAAGCACUGGCGAGAUGAAUAUGACAGCCGGAGACUUUAUCGUGCUCUAUAGCGGAAGCGAGUACAGCGCCGUAUUUGACGCUGUCGCAACCAUGUUCUUCAUCGACACGGCACCGAACUUAAUCCGUUAUAUUGACACAGUGAAGAAUUGCCUCAAGGCUGACGGUAGAUGGAUCAAUAUCGGUCCACUUCUGUGGCACUCUGACAUUGCUUAUGAAGCCCCAACUGACGAGAGACAUGACCACAAGACAAGGGUAGGAGAGGCUGACCGCGACGCUGGCAUAGGAGAGCCCGGAAGCUUUGAGCUGACGGAGGAGGAAGUGAUAUGGCUGCUAGAGAAGCAGGGAUUUCGGAUUGAGCACCGGAGCGCUUUCUCUGAUGGGGUGGGAUAUAUUCAGGAUCCGGACAGCAUGUUCCAGAACAUGUAUCGAGUGUCCUGUUGGGUAGCCAGGAAGGGAGACUGA